ACAGGGAGAAACUCAGACAAAGGGGACUCGGCCUCUCUUCUUCUUCUUCUUCCCUCUUCGUUGUUCUCUUGUCUCUGUCUCUUUGUCUUUGUCUUUGUCUCUCUCUCUUUCUCCCUCUCUUUUUGUCUUUGACUGCCUGUCUCUUUCUUUCCCUCUAUAAAGCGAGGGGAGAGGGAGGGUGAUGGCUGAUCUGCGCCUGCUGUUGUCCCCUCCACAGCCUGCGCCGCCGCCGCCGCCAAACGAUCGAGUGGUGCGCUUUGCCCGCAGCACAGAGGCCCGACGUGCAGCCUCGGACGAGGCGCAGCAUUCUCGCCAACAGCCACGGCGGCGCGCCUCGCUGUUUGCGCCGUCCGUCGUCACUCGCCCUCCUCCUUCUGCUGCUGGAACUGCUCCAGCUGCACCCCCUCCCCAUCACCGUCGUCGCGUUCUGUCGACGAGCAGCAGCAGCUCGCGCGCCGCCGUGGCGAGUCCCCAGCAGUGGCAUCUCUCGGCACCGACGAGCGACUUGCAGGGCGCAGCACAGCAGCAGAGGCAGGAUCAUCAAACGCAAGAACAGCAGCAGGAGCGACUGCGCCAUCCACAGAGCAUCCUCAAGGGGACAAACAAGGUUCAGCAAUCCUCCGCGACGGCGACGCCGCUGAUCGACGGUGCAGCCCAGCCGCGCUUGCGUCCCAGAAAGAGCGACGUCCGACGCGAGGAGGAGGAGCAGAAGCAGGAGCAGGAGCAUUAUUCACAGCAGUCAAAGCAGCCACCUCAGUCACAACAACAGCAGCAGCAGCAGCAGCGUCGAUUGGCGCCCAGAAGAAUGACGCCCGCCGAUGCGCUCCGGCGGCUGUUCAAAGAGCCCGGUCCUCCGAGGCGACCACGGUACGGCGGCGUCAACACGAGCACUGCGGCGAUGGCGCAGACGACGGCGGCGGCGGCGUGCGACGGCCAGUGGUACCCACGCCCACCCGCGCACUGGUACCAGGACGACUUUGAGCAGAUUGGCCACGGCGAGGCGCAGCAGCUGCCACUGCCACUGCCGCUGCCUUUGCCUAUGCCACUGCCUCCGCCGUGGAUGGCGCCACCAUCAUCGUCGUCAACUGUCGAGGUCCAGCAGCAGCACGAGACGGCAUCGUCGAUGCAGACGGGCCCCGCAAGACGGCCCUCGAGGUUUUGGGCGCGACCACGGACGGCUCCGGACCAGCAGCAGCAUCAGCACCAGCAGCAACGGGCAGCCUCGAUGCCGAGUGGCGACUCAGCAGCAGCAGCAGCGGCAGCAACAACAAAAACAACCGCCGCAGCAGACACGAGCUUUGUCGCAGGUGGGAGCGUGUUCCAGCGCGCACUCGAUGCCGUCAAGCCACGGCGGAGCCCCAGUGGGCGACGGGCGACGACGGCCUCACCCACACCCCCGCCACCGCCACCGCCACCGUCAAGACUGCAUCACCGCCAGCACCAGGACGAGCAGGCGCAGCAGCAUGCUCUGGACCUGGCUGCGCAGAGGAUGGCCAUCGACAGAAGUAUGUCAGGGAACACUCGACCUGCGCCAAGAUCAGAGCAGCAGCAGGCAAGCCCCAUCCAGGACUUGACAUCGUCGUCGACCGAGGACGCAUACGGCACACACAGCAGCCUGCCUUCGUCGGCGCCGUACAAUGUGCCGAUGCCCGAGACGAGCGCGCAGGGCUCACCACUCAAGCUCGACGACGGACGAUCGAUGGCGCGCCUGCCCAUUCCCCUCUUUCCGCCGCCCGUCGUCACGGCGUGGCCCGAGGAGGAGGAGCGACCGGCGCCGGUUCCUCGCCAGCAGCAGCAGCAGGCCACGACAGAUGUUCCCUGGUUCGAAGAAGAAGAGCGAGGGCCGUGGGACCCACUGGCAGUAACACCGGCGUCGGCGUCAACAGCAUGGGAGGACGGCCGCCAAGCGCGGCCAAAGCUGAUGGAUCUCUUUGGCACGCGGCCCAUGAGCAGCAUCCAGGAGCACGAGAGCCAGAGCCAGGGCCGCGAGAGCGACGAGCCACUGGCCAGUGCCUCGCUCGAUCUCUCGCCCACUUCGACUCCGCUGGCCCAGCAGCAACAGCACCAACUGCAGCAGAAGCCACUGCCGCCGAGGCCUGACCAGCAACCGUCAAUGUCACCGUCUCCAGAGAUGCGCAGGCGGCCGUCGUCGCUGAGGAGGCAGGGCAACUUUGUCCUUCGCAAGCAGCAGCACGAGACAGCGAGCAGCAACACGGGCAUCGAUGCAGAGAAGCUCAGCGAGGCGCUUGCGCUCCUUACGCGCCGUGUCGGCAAGCAGGCGAGGCAGGCAGGCGCGAGCAGCGAGCGCAGGGCCAGCUCGUAUGAGCACGAGCCCGCGAGUGCAAAGACAGCGACGAGGAGAGGAGGUGGGGGAGAAGGAAGAAGAGGAGGAGGAGGAGGGAGAGAAAGAGAAAAGAGACGGGCGAGAGAAGAAGACGGGGAAGGAGACGGACGAUAUCAGGGCGCAGCUGAGCCCAUGCACCGUACCGCAGACGAGAACAGGGCUGCAAGAUGCGACGCAAGCGAAUCGACUCGUGCCAGGAGUGCAAGAAGAAGGAGAGGAGAAAGAGGAGCAGGGAGGGGAAGGGGACGAGGUCGAAGGCCAGGACGACUCGUGCGGUUUUAUUGACGACGAGACGGUCCACCGCAUCGACGACUGGCG